CUUAAUGUCACCGGCGAUUUUUUUUUACUUGCGUUGCCGUUUCGUGACAUUUAUCUUUCGCACACUUUACUUGCAACUUUUGCCGUAUGCUUCUUAAAAUUUGGACGAGGUGCGACAAUUACCUUUAUAAAUUAAUUAUAUCGAUAUUCAUGUUAAAAGUUAAUAAAGGUUUACAAAUAAAGCCAUAGGUUCAUCAAAUUGAAGUACCGAGCAAGCAGGACACAAAGGAAAUCAAUUGUUUAAUAUUAGACUUCACAAAAAAAUUUUCUUCACGACAAAAUUGUGAGAAGCCUGAUUAUUUUUGAGUUAAAUAGUUCACGCGAAAAUUAUAAACAAAAGGAUUACGAAGUUCUCACUUAACCUUUUCCCCGCAUAUGGUAGGAGAAAGUAAUUUAUGUGAAUUUUCUACAAAAUUUAUCAAAUAGUUCAUCGUUAAAAAGAACAUUAAGUGAAUAAUAACCAUUACAUACAUAAAACACAUGUGCACGCUGGCGUCGGGUAAAAAUUGAAACAAUAGUAAAACUUAUCUGAAAUUGAAUAACAGAAAUAGUUUAUAACUAUAAAAUUUGAAUUACCUGCGACAACACAGAAAUGUCACAAGUUCAAGACGCCACCGUCUUUGAGAGACGAUUGAGGCCAAUCUAUGAUAGCCUGGAAGUUGGAAAUAAUCGUAAGGCUCUUCAAGAGACUGAAAAACUUCUUAAAAAACAUCCUAAUAUGUGGUGUGCACGCGCGUUAAAAGCACUGGCGUUACUACGGCUAGGAAGAUAUGAAGAGAGCCAAAUCGUAUUGAAAACAGUGAGCAAUGAGAAACCGGUGGACGAUCCAACACUGCAGGUGCUAUCUUUCUGCUACAAAGAAUUGGAACAACUGGAUAAAAUAGUAUAUUUAUAUAAUAAUGCGGUAAAACAAUCACCUGGCAACGAGGAACUAUUGGCUCAUCUCUUUAUAUCUCAUGUGCGUCUGGAAGAUUUUAAAUCGCAACAAUCCGUUGCGCUGCAAUUGUAUAAAGCCCAACCAAAGACCGCCUACUACUUCUGGGCAGUAAUGAGCGUAGUGCUUCAGGGUAUACGUGGACCUGAAAGCAAGUUUCCGGGAAAAACAAAAAUUUAUUUGGCACUUGCACAACGUAUGGUAGAUAAAAUGAUCAAUGAAAAUAAACUCGAGUCGGAGCAGGAAGUUUUUCUCUAUUUGCAUAUUUUGAAGUUGCAAGAAAAGUAUAAAGAAGCUUAUGAAUUUCUCAAUGGUGCAUUAUGUGAAAAAUUGUACCCGGGCGCUCCGGUUUAUAUGAAAAUUGAUUUGUUAAAGCAAUUGAACAUGUGGAAGGAAACAAAUUCACUUCUUAAAGAUUUGUUAAAGGAUGAUCCUGACCGUUGGGACUAUUAUCAGGAUUACUUGGGCAGCUGUUUCGAGCUACUGAAAGAAACCUCUGAAGAUUCAUUAAACGAUAAAUCUAAUGAUGGGAAUGAAACAAAUGAUUUAAUUAGCACACUGGAUGAAUGUCACGAUUUUCUUUGCCAGAUGAUAGAGUCUGCUGAGCGCAAGGUGCGUGGGCCAUAUUUAGCGCGCUUGGAGCUACAUAAGCGGAUGCGAGCACAAGGCAUGAAUGCGGAAUCACUGCUUGGUGACUUUUCCAUAUUGAUUAUUGAAUAUUUCCGCUUGUUCGGAGAUAAACCUUGUUGCACACAUGACAUUGCACUUUUCUUGCCCUCCAUUACCAUGGAAGCACGUCAGCAGGUAGCUAGUAAAUUGCUACUGGAAAGUGGCAUUAGCUCCACCAAAUUGCCACAGAAUAAAGAACAAAUGCAAAAGCACAUAUGUGCGUUACAAAUUUCACGCAUUUGUGGUUCACAUUUAGACUUGGAAACGGAACAUUUGCUUGCAUUUUACACUGCAUUUAAGUUACAUUACGAGCAUGGUUUGAGCUCUUUUGGCAAGAACUUAUUGCAUACCGAUAUGGGCCCAUCCGAUGCGUACGCACUGUUGGCGGCAAACGUUAUGUACGAUGUGAGCUUGAGAGAACAAAAAUCAGAUAGAAUUUUCGAGGCGCUGUGUCUUCUGCAGUAUGUGCUUCGCAAUAGCACCAGUAAUUUUCAUGUAAAAUUAUUAAGUCUAAAAAUUUACCACAUGUUUGGCUGUAUGUUGGGCGCACAAGAAAUGUAUGAUUACUUGGAUAUUAAGCAAAUACAACUCGAUUCGAUGAGCUACAUCCAUUGCAAUUUAUUACCAUUGAGCGGACGUUUUUCGAUGGCGCGCACAGUUUUCGAUUCCACAUUGAAAUUUUUCACCAACAGCUACAAGGAACGUUUGGAAUAUAUAACAUUAACUUAUCGUUUUUGUACAUUUUCAAAACUUGAAGAGUUUAUGAAUUUUAAAGAACGUCUUACCAACAGUAUACAUUAUGUCAGUACCUCAGUCGAGGCACAACUGUGUGAUUUGGUAAUGCUUUAUGGUAAUGUAAGACAGAAUUUGGCAGCCUAUACAGCUAUGAGCAUCGAACCUGCUGAUGAUCGCAUUUCAUGGCAUGAAUUAUCUGAUAAUCGUGAUUUAGGCGCCAUAGUACGUUGGGAUCCGGUACAUUUGGUAAAUGUUGACGACGAUCGCAAGGAAUCGUUCGAUCAGGAAGUCGAAGUUUUACAGAUACGACAACUUUUGUUACGUCUAGUUGCAUCUUUUGUCGAUUUAUUCUACCAAAAGCCGAAUUUGGAUGUAACAAAUUCCACAGAGGAGAAACAAAACGCCGAUAGCAAUAUUAAUAGUAAAAAAUCGAAUCAAAAAAGCGCUAACAUCAACACCAACAACACUCACGACAAUGAUGUGGAAACUGUCAAAGAAACGGAAACAAUCGAAUUACUACGUGACUCAUGGUCGGGGCUAUUUCAGCGACUACGUCUCAUGCACUAUAAACCAUUGUCGAAUCGUUUUCUAGUCAAUUUGCUACCAACUCGGCUCCACUUGUUGCUCGAAUUGCCAUAUGAGGAAUUCUUUAGUUCGUUGGCGCAGUUGAUACUGGAGCUAUACACCGGUGCCACAAAUUUGCCCUUACAAUGCAAAGUGGUAAGUGAUAAUGCAACUAAAAUUGUGCAACUUUGUGCACAAGUUAUAUCGGAGAGUGACUCUGCAGUUGAUGGGCUUUGGCGGCGUCGUGAGUGGCAAAACAAAGUGGCAGCGUGUUUGGAGAUACUGUCAUUAUACGCUUUUAUAUUAUCGGUCAUCUAUGAGAAAUUGCAACAACCUGCCAAGAUCAAACCGCGUAAAAAGACUGGCCACGAGGGCAAUAGUGAUUUGAAUGUUAUACAUGAGAAGGAACGCAGUCAGUUGGUUGUUGAAUUAAUGCGCCAUUUGAAAAAACAAUUUCAAAGCUGUGAAACUGCCAUAUUGAAUUGGAAGACCCCAACGUUGCCCCGCGAACUAAACUCUUUUAUGGCGGAUAUGUCGUUGAAGCCAGAGGUCGAAGCAACGCUUAUUGGUGAUGUGGCAUCAAUAUUCAAGGAAUCGCAUGAACUCAUGGUUACCGAACUCAGAAAUUUAAUAAAAGAUAAGAUGCGCAUGUUAAGCAAGUAAAUUAACGAUCUAUUGGUAUUGAUGACUCAUUUCGUGUUCUUUUUGCUGUGCAAAUCAAAAAGUUUUAAAAACAAAAAUUGUAAUUCGUAUUAAAAAACCAUACGAAGAAAACCAAACUGUAAUAAAAAAAUGGGAUAAAUGAUUAUAAUAUGAAAUUAUAAUAUUAAGCCGAUAUGUUUGAGAUUAAAAAAAAAAUGAAUGUAUAACGCGAGUCUCACGUCUAUUCUUCUUCCAAGGAAAGAUAGUUUAUUUAUCUACAUUUUUUAAUCAAGGCGUUUGCGUGCAAGUGACGAACAGCCAAAGCGCGUGUUUUGUUAUUUAAUUUUUAGUUCACUAAUAAACUUAGUCGCGAUAUUUACUAGACUUGAUAUUUUGAACUCGAACAUAACGCAAUGAAAAAUAUUUUAAUAUUAGUAAGAUUGAAAAUUUGUGAAGAUAUUCUAUGUUUUUGGUCUAUUAAUUUCAUUAAUUGAUAUAAUAAAGCUAAAAUUAUGUGUGUGAAAAGA